GUUUUGUGCUAAGAGAUUGAUCCAUACCAAUUUCACUCUCUUUCCAUACACACACACGCCAACACGCCCCUCUUCAACCACUUCUCAUCUUUCCACAUUGUGUUUGGAUAAAACCAGAUCAGAUUGUUCGAUCUUGGAAUUCAAUCAUCAUAGUCCUGUCUCUCUUGUGCUUCUUAACACAUUGCCGUUAAAUGGAAAAGAAAGUCCUUGAUCUCGUAUUAGUCCCAAGUGGUCUCCUUGUCAUGCUGGCAUACCAUUUCUGGCUCCUCCACCAAAUCAUCAAACACCCCACCAAAACAGUCGUUGGUGUCAAUGCAAUCAAUCGACGUUUCUGGGUCCAAGCUAUGAUGGAGGACGUGUCCAAAAACGGGGUUCUAGCAGUGCAAUCAUUGAGGAACAACAUAAUGGCAUCGACCCUUUUGGCUUCGACAGCAAUAAUGUUAAGUUCCCUAAUUGCAGUGUUGAUGAGCAGUGGCAAUGGGAGGAAAACGGUGGUGUAUGAGGUGUUUGGGGACAGGACUGAGCUUGGUUUGUCCAUAAAGUUCUUUUCCAUAUUGGUGUGUUUCUUGUUGGCUUUUCUGCUGAAUGUGCAGUCCAUAAGGUACUAUAGCCAUGCAAGCAUCCUCAUCAACGUGCCCUUCAAGAAAGUCACCCCAAACCUGAGGCACCAAAUGCUCACUGCUGAGUAUGUGGCCUCCACUGUGAACCGAGGCAGUUACUUCUGGUCCCUUGGCUUGCGUGCCUUCUACUUCUCUUUCCCUCUUUUCAUGUGGCUCUUUGGACCCAUUCCACUCUUUUUCUCUUCCUUUGCCCUUGUUUUCAUGCUAUACUUCUUGGAUGUCACCUUUGAGUGUGGAUGGGCUGGGGUUGCUGAUCAUGACACUCAUAGUGUUGAUGAUGUCGAACUUGGAAGGCAAAAUUAGGACUUAUAUAUAACUACCUUCAUUUCUUUCUCAUAUUUACUAUCUAGAACAUAUAAUUACAAAUCACUUAAUUUGUAAGCGAUAACUAUAGUAUAGUAUCCAACGUGACAUUAGUCUUUGACUCAAUGAACCCAAAAAAUUAGUCUCUAACUUUAACAGGUUGGAAGAUUAAUUUCUCAUUUAAUGAGUUGGGAGAAUUAGUCUCUAAUUCGAUGAGUUAUAGAAGAAAAAGAAUUAUUAACCUUUGGAGGAUUAAUGUGUUGAUUAGCAUGUAGCCAGUAGAAUAUGUGUAACAAUGUCCCCUUCUGAUGUAUUUGAUAUUAGAAAUGAAGAUUCAAGCUCAACUGAAGUUGAAUUGGAUUUCAUGUAAACUUGAUUUCAGAGUUUUUAGAUGGUUAAAGCUUGUGAAAUAAGAAUUUUAGUUGGUAAUAUUUUGUUAGA